AAAAAGCUUUCAAGUUCAAGUUUGUCGAUUCAACUCAUUCAAGUUUGUAAACCAUGACCGAUCAACUUCAACCACCUACUCUUGGACUCUUACAUCUCUAUAACUCUCAUGAUAGAUUAACAGCUUUCGAAUCAGGUGAUCUAGAAUCACCAAACACUCUAAUCUUUAUUGGUGGACUAGGUGAUGGGUUUUGUUCUGUACCUUAUUUAAAUCAACUUUCAAAUUCGUUACAUUCGAUUGGAUGGUCAUUAAUUCAAAUCUUAUUAACUUCUUCUUACACUGGUUUUGGUACAACUGAUUUGAAUCAAGAUGUUAAAGAAAUUCAAGAUUGUUUAAAGUAUUUAAUUCGAUUAGGUAAAAAUGAAUUUGUUUUGAUGGGUCAUUCUACUGGGUGUCAAGAUAUUGUUAGAUUAGUUAAUGAUCAACCAGAUGUAUUGAAAAAUGUCAUUGGAACGAUUCUUCAAGCUCCUGUAAGUGAUCGGGAAUACAUUUUAGAUGUCUUGGGAGAAGAAAACUAUCAACGAUCUAUCAAGAUAGCCAAAGAAUUAAUUGAAGCUGGAAAACCAAACCAACCGAUCCCCUUAGAAUUCUGUGAAAUGUUUUCAGGAGGGAAAUCCACAAUCUCAGCCCACCGAUGGAUAAGUCUCUCGAGCAAACUUCAAGACAAUCCCAGUGGGGAAGAUUUCUUUUCAUCCGAUCUAACCAUCGAAGACCUUUCCAUCAAUUUAAAAGCCUUUAAUUCGAUCAAAACGAUGAUUUUGUUUAGUGGUCGAGAUGAAAGUGUUCCAAAAGAAGUUAAUAAGAAUGAGUUGUUGGAAAGAUUGGUGGUUAGUUGUGGAGGAAAAGUGACGAGGGAAUGGAGCGUUCUUUUUGAAGGUGCUGGACAUCUUGCGGAAGAAGUUGUGGAUGAAAUUUCAGAUAGGGUCAUUAGGUUUAUUCAGGCUAUUUCUUAGGGUCCUUGCUUUUUAGUUUAUACUUCUUUUUCUUUAUUUAUUAUGGAAAGUUUAUUUUGUUUUGUUUGGUAGAGAUUUGAUUUAUAGUGAUCGAGUCUUAAAAAAGAAUCCUAGUGAUACUCUACACGACCAGUUUCUCUGAUCCUUCAUAUCCCUUAUCUUUAAAAAUUGUAGCAGUAUAUGAUUUAUACCUUUAGAUCUUUGUCUAAAAAAGAAGAUUCAGUAUGAUUCUGAACAAGAUCAUCAAGUGUUUUAAAGAUAAUUCUAUUAAGCGUAAGCUUUUGAUCUGAUC